GUCAUGUUUUCUCGUCCUUCAAUCUCACGCGAUCGGUCCGGUCUCGCGUGGAAUCUUGCGUUGCAGUUUUUGCAAGUGAAAUUCCCGUAAAUUUGUUGCAUAAACAAGCUUCCCGGUCACCUGACAAGGUUCACUUCCGCAUCCGAAAUGACCAUCAGUAGUUUUCUGCGAGCACGACCCUCGCUUGUCGUGGUCAAAUCUCUUCUUGAGAACGCCAAACAACCAUUUUCGAGCCAUGUAGCCUUUGCCGAGCAUGCAAAGUUGGAGCGAAUUCGGAACAUCGGUAUAUCGGCCCACAUCGACAGUGGUAAAACGACGCUGACUGAGCGCAUUCUGUUCUACACGGGCCGCAUCAAGCAGAUGCACGAAGUCAAGGGCAAGGACAACGUGGGAGCCACCAUGGAUUCGAUGGAGCUGGAACGACAGCGUGGGAUUACGAUUCAAUCGGCUGCGACUUAUACGAUAUGGAAGGAUCACAACAUCAACAUCAUCGAUACGCCCGGACAUGUGGAUUUUACAGUGGAAGUGGAACGGGCGCUGCGCGUUCUGGACGGUGCCAUUCUGGUCCUGUGCAGUGUGGGCGGCGUUCAGAGUCAGACAUUGACCGUCAAUCGCCAGAUGAAAAGAUACAACGUACCCUGCUUAGCUUUCAUCAACAAGCUGGAUCGAACGGGAGCUAAUCCAUACCGUGUUCUAGGUCAGCUGCGGUCCAAGCUAAACCAUAAUGCAGCGUUCAUUCAGCUGCCGAUAGGAGUGGAGAGCAAUUGCAAGGGCAUCGUUGAUUUGGUUAAACAGAAAGCUCUCUACUUUGAUGAUCAGAUGGGUUUGAAGAUACGGGAGGACGAAAUUCCACAGGACAUGCGGACGGAAUGCGACGAACGGCGCCAUGAGCUGAUUGAACACUUGUCCAACGUGGACGAUUCAAUUGGAGAGUUUUUCUUGGAGGAGAAGACACCCACUGAAAAGGAUAUUAUGGCAGCCAUUCGUAGGACGGCAUUGAAGAGAACCUUUACUCCUGUGCUCGUGGGAACUGCUUUGAAAAACAAGGGCGUACAACCGCUGUUGAAUGCAGUAUUGGACUAUCUGCCGCACCCUGGAGAAGUUGAAAAUACCGCCCUCAUUGAGAAGAAGGGAGAAGAACCGCAGAAAAUUGUCCUGAAUCCCGCUAGGGACGGAAAGAGUCCGUUUGUAGGGUUAGCUUUCAAGUUGGAAGCCGGUCGGUUUGGUCAGUUGACCUAUCUGCGAUGUUAUCAGGGUGUACUGAAGAAAGGAGAUACCAUUUUUAACGUACGCUCUGGAAGGAAAGUCAGGUUGGCCCGAUUGGUCCGAUUGCACUCGAACAACAUGGAGGACGUAAAUGAAGUCUACGCUGGAGACAUUUUUGCCUUGUUUGGCGUCGAUUGCGCUAGCGGUGAUACCUUCGUGACAAAUCCCGACUUGGAGCUUUCCAUGGAGUCCAUCUUCGUUCCGGAUCCUGUCGUUUCAAUGGCCAUCAAGCCAGCCAACAACAAGGAUCGUGAUAAUUUCUCCAAAGCAGUUGCUCGUUUCACAAAAGAAGACCCAACCUUCCGUUUUGCUUACGACACGGACAUCAAGGAAACUCUUGUCUCCGGAAUGGGCGAGCUGCAUCUGGAAAUUUAUGCUCAGCGAAUGGAACGUGAGUACAAUUGUCCUGUUGUGUUGGGAAAACCGAAAGUCGCUUUCCGUGAAACGCUGGUCACUCCUUGCGAAUUCGACUUCCUCCAUAAGAAGCAAUCCGGAGGUCAGGGUCAGUUCGCUAGGGUUACUGGAAUUUUGGAACCCCUUCCGCCUCACCAGAACACGGUGAUAGAAUUCACCGAUGAAACCAUUGGUACCAACGUUCCGAAGCAGUUCAUUCCUGGCGUGGAAAAAGGCUUCCGCCAGAUGGCCGAGAAGGGUUUGCUUUCGGGUCAUAAGCUCUCCGGUAUCAAAUUCCGCCUGAUGGAUGGUGCACAUCAUAUUGUCGAUUCUUCGGAGUUGGCGUUCAUGUUGGCGGCACAAGGAGCUAUCAAAAGUGUGUUCGAAAAUGGAAACUGGCAGAUUUUGGAACCGAUCAUGAUGGUGGAGGUAACGACUCCGGAGGAGUUCCAGGGUACGGUUAUUGGGCAGUUGAACAAGCGACACGGUAUCAUUACGGGAACCGAGGGCUCCGAGGGAUGGUUCACGGUAUACGCCGAGGUGCCACUGAACGAUAUGUUUGGUUAUGCGGGAGAGCUGAGAUCGAGCACGCAGGGCAAGGGUGAGUUCAGUAUGGAAUACAGUCGGUAUUCGCCGUGCAAGCAUGACAUACAGGAUAAGUUGAUGCAAGAGUAUCAGAUCUCGCUGGGAAAUGUCGUGGUGGAUGCCAAGAAGCAGCAGCAGCAGAAAAAGAAGAAUUGAGAGGUGUGAUUCGAAGGGUUGUAUUUGGAAGGUGACGAAAUGACGCGCGGGUGCUGAUCUGUAUAUAAUAGGAUUAAUUGAAAAUAUGUUACACUUAAAAUUAGGCUAAUUGGAACCAAUUACAAAUGUUUUGUAAAUUGA